AAUCAACAUACAGUGCACAGUGUAUAAAAGAAAGAAAUUCUUACAUAAAAUAUAUAUUUUAUAUUGACAUUCAUUUUAGCAUAUGGCAGCUUAUUCGCCGAUUUCAUCGCGUAAUCAUCGUAUAAAUCCAGCGCCUCCGUACCAUAUUUCCAGUACUGCCAAUUCAGCGAAUCCAACAACAUCAUAUAAUGGCGGUGGGAUUCUAUCAAACGUGUUCCACGGAAAUCUCACGGGAGGCUCUAGGCGACGCGAAUCAAUAAACAGUUCAAUUGGUGCCACUUCGAUUCGACGUUUGUUAACAGUUAAUCGUGGUUGUCGGCAUAAAAUUUCGUCACAUAUUCGUGCUAAAGUGGCGAAAAACUUCGCACUUUUAAUCAUUUCGCAUGGUUUGAUGUCAGCCGUUUUAGUGCCAAUGUUUGGUUUACAGGCCUCAAAUUCAAUGUGGUUUCAUCAGGAAUCAUGGUUACUAAGAAAAAUCGGACCAAACGUUGGCCCAUUGCUGUUGGGUUUAUGCUUUUUCGUUACAUCCGGAACGUGUUUGUUGACAACGAGAUUAGUGAAAAAAUUCGGUUACAUUCAAUUAAUUAUCGCGCACUAUGCCAUUCUCUGUAUAUUCCUAUUGAUUCAUUUAUAUCCAACGAUUUGGUUGCUCAUCAUUGCAUACUUUUUGCUCGGCAUAACAAUGGGCCCGAGCAUGAUAUGCAAAUGGAACUUAGUGGUGCUAUUUGCAAGUCGAAUAAGUUGCGGUCAAACGGAAUGUCCAACAUUGAGUGCAAUGAUGAAUGAGAGUGUCGGCACUGAUGACUACAAAGGAUUUUGUAAUCGAAAUGAACGCGUACGAAGAUUAGCACGUUGGUUUCAUGCCAUGCAAGACAUUGGAAUUUUGGUUGGCGCUUUAAUUGCAUCAAUUAUAAUCUCAUGCGCAGCAACCGAAUCAAAGUGCAUUCUCACACAACAAUUUUUCAAAUUAAAUCGAGAUAAUAGCAGCAACAACAGCACCAACAAUCUAGUUAUCGAUAAUAUUCGAAUGAAUACGCUUAACGAUACCCAUAGAGGAAUUGAUAUUAGCCAUUUAAGUAGAAAUAGUUUUAUGCCAAAUAAAUCAAAAUCGACCGCUGAUUCAAGCGGUGUGGACGAUGCACGAGAAACAUCGACGACAACAAUGCCAUCGACACUGGUACACACAACAACCGAAUCGGAUAGAAUUGGAAACGGUCUGAGUAUACUGAAAUAUUAUCAACAAUCAUUUUUCAGUCAGCACAAUGAACUGCUGGACAGCCUGUUCAACACAAACGAACGUGGUGUGAGAAUCUGUGGUGCGGGCUCGUGUCCAACAUGGAAUCGUGCAUUCGAAAGCAAUGUCACCGAAGAGUAUAAUUGGUUCACAUUUUCGGGCACCAUACCAAUGACAUUGUUUUAUAUUAUUUUGGCAGCGAUUGCAUUGGGUCUUGCUUGUUUAUCGCAACAAGUUGACACAACAUUCAAAUAUGAGAAUUUCAAAAUGAUCACCGACACACUUUUAUUGGCCAGCCCAAUGGCAUAUUUUAUUGGUACCGAACAGGGUUACGUAUUGGGAGGUUUUACAAGGGCAUUUGUGUCGUGUACGCUUGGCGCACAAAUGGUGGCUGGCACUCUAGUUUUAAUGGGUGGAAUGCAGCUCAUCGUUUCAUGUACUUUAAGCAUGCUUUUGCGCCACGUUAAACGUUCAGCCGUUUUAGUGGCUGCGUUUUUCUUUCAAUCAUGUUUGCUACUCGUGCUGGCAAAUUGGAAGCCAUCACAAGAUGAUAGCGCUCUAUUUUACGUGAUUGCUGCCGCCUGGGGUGCCUGCAAUGGCAUUUGGGAAACACUUUUAUUCGCAUUAAUAACAUUAACGCACAUCAAUAGUAUUAUACAAAUUUCAUCGCCGUUGCAAGCGUUUCGAUUUUUGGGCAUGGGUCUCACAUUUGCCACACACGGUUAUUUAUGUGAAAAUUUAAAAAUUCUCAUUCUAUUUAUAUUGCUCGUCAUUAGUGUAAUUCCUUAUGCAAUGCUGGAAAUUCGUAUGGAAGGACAACGUAAAGCACAGUCAAACAGCAUAUGACGAAAAAUGCUCAGCUAGUUGAGCAGAUCGCCUAGACCAAAUCGAUAUUCAUGGUACUUCAGUUGCCGAAUUCGAUUCUAGAAUCAAAUAAAUUCCCUCUCUAUCCCUCUCUCAUUCAUCAAACUUGAACGUAAACAUAUGGUAUGUAUUUCUAACAUAACAGUUAUGUCAUAUACAUCUAUAUAUUCGGUAUCAAUCUUAAUCGCACUUUGACGAAUAUUCUUAGCAUUAACAUACGCAUUGAUAGAUAUGACAUCUAGAUAUAAGAAUCAGCGAAACGAUAGCUAUUCAAUAUACACAUUGUACUGUAUAUGUUUAAAUUAAACGUAAGUGAAAUUGUACCAUAUGGAAAUGAGUUUAUCAAACCAGCCAAUUCAGUUAACAUUAGAGGUAUAAGUGAAAUUCAAAGAAGAUGAAAAAAAAAAUGAACAAAACAAAAUUAUCGCCAUACAAAAGCUUGCACAACUCUAUUACAGAAGUUGAAUUUUGAUUUGACAUUUUAUUAGGUUAUAUAUAGUAUAAAUUACAUAUAAAUUGUAUGCAUAAGAAUCAAAGUCUAUUUGAUAAAUUGUCAUGAGCAAAUAAUUUAGAUCGAGAUGGAGUCGAUAUUGACUUUUAACUCGAAAUUUAUCCAUUUGAGAAUUGAAAAUGCAAAAUCAAAUAUUGAAAGUGCUCAUGGGAAUUUUCUCAACAAUUUAUUGUAUUACACAAAUGAAUAAUGUGGAAUUUUAAAAGAUGAAAUUGAGUCUAUAAAACAUUUUUUGAAAUAUUAGACUUGAAGUGAUUGCCUGCGUUGAAACAAUGAAGAGUCAACAUUUAGUGUCGGUGUAAUAUGCAAAUUUUAUUAAAUUAAUUAUGGUAGCUGUUUAAAUGAACUCAACGAACUACUGAAAAAUGGUUGGGUUUUCGACCGACAAAAUAUAUUAGGAAUUCGUAGGAAAGGUCCAUAGAAACUGGUUGUUAGCAACCAAACACUGACAAAAAUCUCAAUCUAAAGUUUAAAAUUGUUGAUUUUCACCCCAAAUCGGACAAAUUACAACAUUAUUCAAAAAUCUGGUAGGUACUGUGUAGUGAUUGUAAAAAGAGUUAUAAUUUAUUGAAUUUUGGUUGGAUAUCAAACAACUUUUUAACAUUAUGAGUGGAAAGGUAAAAUUCCGUUUAACUUACAUAAGCUCGGUGAGCAUAUAGUAUAAUGUCCCAUUAUUACUUUAGUGUUCACCAUGAAAGAGUGGCUUUAAUACUUCAAUGAAAAACAAUGAAAUUCAAACAAUAGUUCGCUUCUAUUGUAAUUUUAACAUGCCAUAGAAUCUAGUUAGCUUCUAUACUUAGUAUCAAUUGUUAUAUAAUACGAAAAAAAAAUAGGCAAGAAAUUGCUUGAACUUUUGUGUUUGGCGCAACAAAAAGGAACUGUAUUUAGAAAAAUGAAAUGGUAAAAUGAAUAAAUUGGAGCCAAUUUCACCGUCAUAUAACUCGAUAAAUUCAGCGAAUACACAUAUACUACUACUAUAGAUGUUAUAAACGUGUUCGUUAAGUAACAAAUAUAUUGACAGCUAUAAAAUCGUAUAAUUAAACUAUUUUAUUAGAUGGAUAGAAGCCUUUGGUAUGAAUUUAUAUAGAUUAUCCAAAAAUUGCGAAUGUUAUUUAGUUUUACCAAAUGUUGUUCGUAAAGAAUAUUUAAAAAGGACGCGAAGGAUGUUUGCGGAGUGAAACAUUUCCUGGUGUAUUGCAUUUACAAAAGUUUGCUUUGAUACAAAGUUGAUUUAUUCUUAUUGGACAUUGAAUGGAAUCCAAAACAUAAAAAAAUGGAAAAAAAACCCCACAAGAAUAAGAUAAAAACUGUUGUACUAUUCAAUGACUUUUUCAUUGGACUUUCCAUGGAAACUAUGAAAAUAACAAUCCCGCUGAAAACCAUCGAAUGCAUAUCAACUGAUGUAUAAAAGUUUAUCACAAGAAAUGCAAAAGUUAUUGAAUUGGGUGUAUUAAGUCAAUCAAACAUGCGAAACGGCUCCAAAGUGUCUAGUCAUCUGUCUAACAAAAUUUACUAACCUGUCUAUCGUAUUCACUUAGAGUGAGUGUUUAAGUGUGCCAAAAAAUGAAUAAACAUUUGUUAAUUAGAAAAGUAGUAUAGUUAUGGCGGUUCUGUCCAAACCGAUUUGGACAGAAUCGCUAUAACUAUACU